UCAAAAGGACAACAUUCCACAUUGUCCUCUCAUUUGUUCCCUCUUACAAAUACCAUCCUAAAUCUAAAUCUCCCAUCUUUAAGCCAUUCAUUCCCUCAUCUUUCUCAGAAACCCUUUUGGUGCCGAAAAACCCUUUGAUGUUAAGUUUAAUAAUCUGAAGCAAAAUGCUUGGGAAAAAGAUGGUAUCUUUGAAGAAACUAGCGAAGAAAGUGAAGGGUGUUGGUGGCGCUGAGCGUGACCCUGACACUCUCCACCAUGAAUGUUUGCUGAAGGAGUAUGAAGAGGAGAAGGAAUCUGGGUCUGGCGUAACCCCAACUGGUUUUUUAGCACUUUACGUCGGUGAUGAACGGCAGAGAUAUGUGGUCCCAACCAGCUACCUUUCGCACCCUCUAUUCAAGAUGCUGCUGGAGAAGGCCUACAAUGAAUUUGGCUUUGCUCAGAGGAAUGGCCUUGUCGUUCCAUGCACUGCUUCCACAUUUCAAGAGGUGGUGAAUGCUAUUGAAUGCAACAAUGGCAAGUUUGACUUAGGAAAACUUUUUGAAGAUUUUGCUUAAAACUGCAGAAAAACUGUCAUGUGUUUUGUUUUUGUUUCUGUGGUUAUUGUUAAUGCAUCAAAACCAUGACCUUAUUAGAUGAUCUAUGAAGAACACGGGUCUUAAUGUUGGCUAGCUGAUCUUGGUAGCUUUAGUUUCAAUUGAAGCUAUCUCUGCAAACAAACGAUUUUCAUGUAUGAUUGUUUUGACUUAUAAAUUAGUUUUUUGACGUU